AUGGCCGACUUCACUGAAUAUGGUAGGCCGAGUGCCGAAUGGAUCGACCUCGAGCCGACGCUGCCUAAGCUUCCCACGGACCUUUCGGCGGAACAACUGAAGGCAUUGCUAAAUAAGGGCCGCGAGACAUCCGCAGCCCAAGAUAUGAUCAACAUCGGUGCCGCAGUCCAGCUGCACGACUACACAAUCACAGCCCGCGACGGCGCGACGCUCGAAGCACGCACCUACCGUCCCGCCGGCGUCCCAAUUUCCGAGCGCCUGCCUGUUUACGUCCAUCUUCACGGUGGAGGUUUUCUUUUCGGGACACUUUCUUCUGAAGAUGCCAUUUGCUCGCGGAUUGUCACCUCACGUGUCCAGAAGGGUACCCCAGUCAUGGUCUUGAACAUCAAUUACCGACACACUCCCGAAUAUCAAUAUCCCACUGCUUGGGACGAUGUCGAAGACGCAUUUGUCUGGCUACACGAGAACAUUGCCGAGAUUGGCGGGAUCGGCGAGCAGGUUGUCGUGGGCGGUAUCUCAGCUGGUGCAUGGUUGACGGCGUCGUUGGCGCUGGCUCAGCUGCGCGGCGAUGAUAAACGCUUAGCAGCCUGCCCAAAAAUUGCAGGUCAGGUCCUCAUGAUUCCUUGUCUUGUGCAUGGGGACCACUAUGCGCCGAGACUGGAGUUGCUCAAGAGUCCUGAUUUGUCGAGCUAUGUGCAAUGUGCCGAAGCGCCUGUCUUGCCGGUGACUCGAAUGAGAUUGUUCACCGAUCUUCUUGGGAUUAGCGAGGCCAAGGAUGCUGCUGCAGAUCGUCGGAUGAGUCCUGGUAAUGCUACCGCGGAAGAGGUCAAGGACUUGCCUCCUACUACAUUUGGAAUCGCGGGAAAUGACCCAUUGAGAGAUGAGGGUCUGUUCUACGGACAGCAUCUCGCUGAAAACGGUAUUCCUACCAAUGUGCAUGUCUUCCCCGGCGUCCCCCAUGGAUUUAGGAGGUACAAGCAGCUACCCGAUAGCGAGAGGUGGGACGAGGUUAUGAGUGACGGGAUUGCCUGGGCAUUGACAAGUCCUUUACCUGGUCCAUUUGAGAUCAAGUCCAAAUAG